GCCGAAAAUAUUAAGUGUGUGUGUGAGUGUGCUAAACAUGUGGUACCUGUCUUUUUUCAUUUAAAUAAGAGCCUUUUUAAAAAAAAUUUCUUUUCUUUUUUCCUCUUUUUUCUUCUUUUUUUCUAAAAACAAAAAAUUAUGCUUCAUAUAUCAACAACGAAUAAUAAUAAAUUUGGCAAGCAUAUGCUUGCCUCAGCUAAAGACCACGAAAAGAAUGGCUUGUUUGAGAAGAGAGCUUCUUCAUGUUCACCCAAGCAACAACUUCGUAAAUCAAAAUCAUUAACCACUGCAUCAACCGGUGCAAAGAAUUUAAUCGAUAUGACAUUAAAGAGAAGAUCUACUGGUUGUAUCAAUAGAAGAUCAUCCUCCAUUUAUUCAACUACUUCUUCUUCUAGUAAUAAUAUUAGCAAGGAAAUUUGGCGUCCUCCUGGAUUCUAUGAAAUUCCAAAUGUAUUUGGUCCUGAUUGUUUUCUUAAACCAGACAUUAAAAAAAAGACAUACAAUUUACGUGAAUAUCCUGCAACUAACCGCAUAUCCGAAAAACCUUGGUAUCCUGUCGGUCCUAGCACUGAGAUACCGCAAUUACCUCCUUUAAUUCGUUCUGCCGAAAACGAAUUUGAACGCAGAGUCCGUAAAACUUUAUCACCAAAAAAGAUCCAAGUUUCUAAUUUAGAUCCUAGAAACAAAUAUACUGGAUUUAAAGAAGUUGGCACAGGUGUGAAUGGCUCCGUUGUACGUGUUACGCACAAGUACAAAAAAAAUAAUCUACAACAUUUGGCUAUUAAAAGAUGUAGAUUAGACCCCGAUCGAGAGUAUAAAGCAGCUAUUGUACGAGAAUUACGUAUCAUGUCUUCUGGCCAUUCCAAUCUGAUUCGCCUUCGUGAAGUCACUCUCUGGCGUGACGAUGUAUGGAUGGCAAUGGAUUUACAACGCUGUUCUGUUUUUGCUGUUCUUUGUCAACGAGGAAUUCCCGAAGAGCAUACGAUUCAUAUUGCAUGUGAAACCUUGAAAGGCUUAAAUUAUCUUCACAAUAAGGGUUACAUCCAUCGUGACAUCAAGUGUGAAAACUUGCUGCUAGGUUGGAAUGGUGAAGUGAAACUAGCUGACUUUGGUUUGGCUACUCGUACGACAAAGCGUAAUCGUGACCGUCUGGGUACAAGCAAAUGGAUGGCACCCGAAGUGAUUCGGGAACAAUAUUAUAAUGAAAAAAUUGACAUGUGGUCACUUGGUAUUACGGUCAUUGAAAUGAUGGACCGUGUUCCUCCUCAUUAUCUUGUCAAGGAUGAAAUGGAAUUAUUCUCUACAAUCUUGUCAGAGCCAAGUCCCACAUUCACUUACAGCUACCCUACAAUGUAUAUGCGUGGUUUGGUUGCCUGGUUAUUGGAUGAACACCCAUCCACAAGACCUUCUUCUAAGGAUGUACUUUCUGAAAUCGAGGCCCAUGUUCAAAGCAGAUUAUUAAAAUGUUCUACCUCAGCUGAACUUGCAAGAUUUAUCAACCAUGUUUUACCUCCCUCUUAAAAAAAAAAAAAAAAAGAAAAAAAUUUAUAUAUAAGCACCAAGAAAAAAAAAAUCAACAAAACACACUCAAAAAAAAAAAAAAAAAAAAAACUCAAAAUUACACAAAACCAUAUACACACACACACAACUUCUUUUUUUUCCCCUCUAUACCCACAACAUAUGCUCCCUCUUUUUGAUAAAAAAAAAGAAAAAACUCCUAUUCCCACUUUUUUUUUUUCUUUUUUACAACUCCUAUUAGUAUUUGUUAUGAUUUCUUUUCUUAUGAACCCUCUUUGUCAUUUCCCAUCAUUUUUGUUUCUUUCCCGCUCUUUUUUUUUAUUAUAGUAAUAAAUAAAAAAGAAAUGCGCCUCCAACAUUUUUUUUAUUAUAAU